GGUGCGGUGCGCCGGGCCGGGCGCGGUUCCCGCUCAGCCGGGAAGGCCUUAGCCACGCAGCGGCAGGAGCGCGCGUCCCGGGGCGGCGGCGUCCUGGAGACUCCCGAGAGAUGGAAGCUGCGGCGCCGGCGGCGGCCGAGGCGGCUGGGCACGAAGAGCUCGAUAUGGAUAUAAUGAGACCCUUAAUAAAUGAGCAAAACUUUGAUGGGACAUCAGAUGAAGAACACGAGCAAGAGCUCCUGCCUGUUCAGAAGCGUUACCAGCUUGAUGGUCAAGAGGGUAUUUCAUUUGUACAAACUCUUAUGCAUCUUCUUAAGGGAAAUAUUGGAACUGGUCUUUUAGGACUUCCACUGGCAAUAAAAAAUGCAGGCAUAGUGCUUGGACCAAUCAGCCUUGUGUUUAUAGGAAUUAUUUCUGUUCACUGUAUGCACAUUUUGGUACGUUGCAGUCACUUUCUAUGUCAGAGGUUUAAAAGGUCAACAUUAGGGUAUAGUGACACUGUGAGUUUUGCUAUGGAAGUAAGUCCUUGGAGUUGUCUGCAGAAGCAAGCAGCAUGGGGACGGAGUGUGGUUGAUUUUUUUCUGGUGAUAACACAGCUGGGAUUCUGUAGUGUUUAUAUUGUCUUCUUAGCUGAAAAUGUGAAACAAGUUCAUGAAGGGUUCCUGGAGAGUAAAGUGUUUGUUUUGAAUAGUACCAAUUCAUCAGAUCCAUGUGAGAGAAGAACUGUUGACCUAAGGAUAUAUAUGCUUUGCUUUCUUCCAUUUCUGAUUCUUCUGGUCUUCAUUCGUGAGCUCAAGAAUCUAUUUGUGCUUUCAUUCCUUGCCAACGUUUCCAUGGCUGUGAGUCUUGUGAUAAUUUAUCAGUACAUUGUUAGGAAUAUGCCAGAUCCCCACAACCUUCCAGUAGUGGCUGGCUGGAAAAAAUACCCUCUCUUUUUUGGUACUGCUGUAUUUGCUUUUGAAGGCAUAGGAGUGGUCCUUCCACUGGAAAACCAAAUGAAAGAAUCAAAACGCUUCACCCAAGCAUUGAAUAUUGGCAUGGGAAUUGUUACAACUCUGUAUGUAACAUUAGCUACCUUAGGAUAUAUGUGUUUCCACGAUGAAAUCAAAGGCAGCAUAACUUUAAAUCUUCCCCAAGAUGUGUGGUUAUAUCAAUCAGUGAAAAUUCUCUAUUCCUUCGGCAUCUUUGUGACAUAUUCAAUUCAGUUCUAUGUUCCAGCAGAGAUAAUUAUCCCUGUGAUCACAUCCAAAUUUCAUGCUAAAUGGAAGCAAAUCUGUGAAUUUGCUAUAAGGUCCUUCUUGGUUACUAUUACUUGUGCUGGAGCGAUUCUGAUUCCUCGUUUAGACAUUGUGAUUUCCUUCGUCGGAGCUGUGAGCAGCAGCACAUUGGCCUUGAUCCUGCCGCCUCUGGUUGAAAUUCUUACAUUUUCUAAGGAGCACUACAGUAUAUGGAUGAUCCUGAAAAAUAUUUCUAUCGCGUUCACUGGAGUUGUUGGUUUCUUGUUAGGUGCAUAUGUGACUGUUGAAGAAAUUAUUUAUCCUACUGUCAAAGUUUUCACUGGCACUCCACAAAGUUCCUCUUUAAAUUUGAAUUCGACAUGCAUUACAUCUGGUUUGAAAUAGUAGAAGCAGACUUAUGAGCCUCAAGUCUGAAAAUGAUGAAAAUAAGAACAUUGGAACACAUUGCCAUACACUUAAAAACCGUUUUCUUUCGGCACAACAUUGAUAUUUUGGCAAUAAAUUAUAAUUCUUUACCAAUACUGAUAAACUACGACAGACUUGUGGUUUUACGUAUUAGCAGCAAUUUCAAAAAUUUUAGUUCUGAAAAUUGAAAAAAUUAAAAUGUUAAAAAAAUUAAAGAAUGAAAAUGCUUCUGUUAUUCUUCUCUCAAUCAAAUACUUUAACCAGGAUUCUCUCUUUUACCUCCAUGCUACUCUGUUGCCACCCAGUUGAGGAGAGAACAGGGUUUCAACAAUAAGAGAACAAAAGAAGUAUAGGUGACUAAAAUCUGACCAUCCCAAUGAAUUUUAAAGUAUACUUUGUAUAUAAUGUAGAAAUAUCUCGAUUAUGUUUUUAUCAGAGAGCCAAAUACUUACGUUUUCCCCGUGGAAGUUUAGAAAACUCUCAUUAGCCAUAAUGUAAGAAUCAGAAAAUCCCCCAAACCAGAAUUAUUUUUACACUAUUCUUUAAUGGUAGCUGAUCUUCAUACUGAAAACCAAAAGGCACUGUGCAAGAUUCUGACUUAGUGUUUCAACCAAAUUUGAGAGACUUUAAAAGUUAUCCAAUACAUAUUCCCUUGUUUUUUUUACCUGAGGAAAUGAAUAGCCAGGAUGGUUAAGUAACUUGAUCAAGACCACUCAGCCUUGAGAUGAAGAGAACCUGAUCUUUUGAUUCCCAGUCCAGGAUUUUUUAUCUUUCACUUCACAUCCUAGAAAAAGAAUCAGUUAUGUUGUUUAACUUUAGUAUUAAGUCUGUUUAAUUAUAUUUCAGUAUUUUGUAAGUCAUGAUCUUUGACAAGUAUAUGUGACCUGAGCAGAAAGUCAGGGAACUCUAAAAAGCCUGCACUAUGGCCAUGUAAGCCUCAACAUGGGAAAGAAGCAAUGCUUUUUAAACAGAAUAGAAAUGCCUUGCUGGUUUAACUGCUGGAUGGUAGAAGGUGCCCAGCUGUCCUGUGUGUGGAUUCAGCUCUCCUUAUUGUUUCUUUCUUUCUAGGUUUGUAGGCACUAUCUUUCCUAAUGGCAAAAAAUAGAGAUCUGACACAAUACAGGACUUGUGUACUCUUUUCGGCCUCAUGGCUUUCCUUAUCAUAGCCUUCCAUUGAUCUGAAUGGGCAGAAUAAGAGAAAGAUUCAGGCCUAGGAAAAAAUCAAGACAAUAAUAAACUCUCUGCUAGAUACUGAGACACUCCAGACUUCUUCCAGAGAAAUACCUUUUAUUCCUCCAUAUUCUUCAAGCCCAGUUAUUAACCAAAACAAAGAAUCUCAGUGGGCAUGGAAUAUGAAAAUGGUUAAGUUUAAAACUAAGAAUCUUGAUAUAUUUUUUUUAAUUCAUACUUUAAAACUCAUCGAACUUUUUAGUCAGGUUGGUGAUACUCUAAUUUGUAAUACUGUAAGAUAUCACCAAGAUCACAGUAGUGUAUAUAUUCUGUAUUUUUAUAUGUAAAUGUUACCUCGAGUAUUUUUUUGCUUACAUCAUUGAGUCAUCAAGUAUAAUCCAAAGAUAUAUCAGAAGCUUUAUUUUGGUACAGAUUCUUAAGAAUCAAAACUUUUUAAAAAAUAUUUGCAUUGAGAAUCACCAAUAAUUGUGACACUUUUAUGUCAAAUCUGUUAUGUUGAACCUUUAGUCACGGGAGAAUGCGGAAGAAGUUAUAGGCAAAGUAAUUGUCAUUGAAACUAAUGUUAUAUAAUCUUGAAUCUAAGAGUAAAUUAGGUGUUUUUUAAUGUAUAACUUGGUAUAAUAUGACUUGAAGACUAUUAUUUAAUAGAAAGCACUAUUAGGUUUUUGUCAGCUGUCUUCAGAUAGUAUUUCUAGUCUAUGUGUGAUAUUUUAUUUUUAUACUUUCGCCUUUGUUUAUUUUCCUUAUGGAAUUUAUCACAUUUAAUGAAAUUUCAAAUAGCUGAUAAUAGUAAUAUAUAAAUUUUAAAUUCAAUGAACAAAUGUUGAGUACAUUAUCAACCAGGCUUCCUUAAGCAAUGAGUGCUGACUCGACAUACAGUACUCAAUUCACUAAAUUAUCAGUACUUUAAAUACAAGAGAAAAGUUGAAAUGCAGAAAGGAAGAGGGGCUAAGAAGGGAGAGAGCGGUUUUAAUUCUUAACAAGAAAUACUAUUUAGAUGUAUAAACGCACUCUUACUUAAGGAUUUUUAAUGAUGUGUUUUAUUUGCAAAAAAUCAAGCAGUAUUUUUCCUCUGAAAAUUUAGUUUUAAUGAGUCACAACAUUUUCUAAGAUGCUUGGAGAAGAUAUUUUGAUUAAACCAGCUGUUGAUUUUACUUUGGGACCUGGAAAAAUGAGAGUGAUUGCACCUGUCAAAUUUUGUAUCCAGUAUCUUUGGUCCAUUACAUUAUUGCUUAAAUGACUUCAGCAUUUCAUCUGCCACCACAGUAAAGCACCCUCUUCUCUGAAAGCUAAUCAGGUGCCUACGAGCCUUUUCUACUAGUGGAGUCGGGGGCGGGGGGG